AUGGCGGCCUUCAGCGCAGCGCUUGCAGCAACGAGCCCGUCGUCUCCGUCGCUUGCACUUGCCGGUAACGCAGCCGAAAAAGACGGGUUUGGGUGUCUACACGAGCGCGCGUUCUCUCCGGCGCUUCCCGCCGCCCUUCCAACGAGCAAGGAGCUUCUCAGCCUUCUUCUCCAGCAGCAGGACUGGAAGAACGCCGCCGUGUUUCGCGGACGGGAUGGGACAGUCCUUGCUGCGACACUUCCUCUGACGACAGAAGAAACGCGAGGCCUUGCGGCUGCCUUUGAGUCAGACCGCUACGCAGCAGUGGGGAAGGGACUUCAGCUCCGAGGGCAGCGAUACGAAGUCUGCUGUUUCCAUCUUCCGCUUAUCUACGGUCGCCGAGGGAGUGGAGCAAACAGUGAGGGCAUCGCUUUGGUCAAGGGCGUAGGACCGGACUCAGAGCCGCUUAUCGCAUUGGCAACGUACAGUCUGCCAGUGGUCAGCGCCUGCGUGGUUCCCCAGCUGACCACUUUCUUCAGAACUUACCUGGGCUUCGUUCCGCGCGUCACCGUCCCUCCUCUUUACGAGAAAUUCCGGAAAGAGCAGCAUCGUCAAGAAGGCCAAGGUCUCUGA